AUGGAUAAACGGACUUUCAUCAUCCUCUAUAACAUGCUUAGGACAACCGAUCGUCUAGCACUUACUCAAUGCAUUGACGUCCAAGAGAUGGUGGCAAUUUUCCUCCACAUUUUGGCGCACGACGUUAAGAACCGAGUAGUUUGUCGACAGUUCGCACGGUCUGGUGAAAUUGUUUCGAGGAAUUUUAGGUUCGUUCUGACCAUUGUACUACAACUUCAUGAGUUACUGCUGAAAAAAUUGGAGCCUAUCACGAGCGAUUGUACUAACAGUAGGUGGAAAUUGUUUGAGAACUGUCUGGGUGUAUUGGAUGACACAUACAUCAAGGUCAAUGUAGGUGCAGCUGAUUGUCCUCGCUAUCGUACCCGAAAAGGUGAGAUAGACACGAAUGGUGGGAAGGGUCAGCCAGUUGAUUCUAGAGUGCUUAGGGAUGCAAUUUCUCGACCAUACGGGUUGAAGGUUCCCAAAGCGAGGGAGAUAGGCAAAACUACAAUUUCCGGAACAAUGUAUGAUGAAGAUUCUACAUCUAACGAGCUCGGUGAUGAAAAUAUACAAUUUAUUGAAACAUCUGAUGAAUGGACCAAUUUCAAUGAUGAGUUAGCGACGCAAAUGUUCGAUGAAUGGGAACAAGCAUCAUGA